CGAGCUGGACCCUUUGCAUCGUGUUCCAUAUCUGCUGGGCCGGAUCAUUUUAUACCCUUAAAGCCAUUAGGGCUCUUUGUGACAAUUCGUCCGACCGCCAUUCGGAGAGGUUACUUCUGAAGUAUUUCAAAGCGACGUUGUUCCUCCACUCGCUGGUAUAUCCUUCGCCUGCAACAUUAGGUGGAAAUCCUCUGUUCAGGUUGCAGUGUGUAACUGAUCGUGGAUAAGAAACCUUUGGCUAUAUUGGCACCGUGGUAGAUUGAAAAGUUUUGGUUGUAUUGUGAGUUGUGGAGACGAUGAGCACGUCCACUUCAAAGCCCAAUUCGUCACGUUCUCGGAGGGACAAGGAUGACACCAACAAUCCGGACUUGAAUCUACAAAGCAUUGGGAACUAUGUUUUCCAGAAAACAGUUGGCGAAGGAAACUUUGCCAAGGUCAAACUUGCAAAACACAAACUCACGGGUGUAGAGGUUGCAAUCAAAGUGAUUGAUAAGACCACUCUCGAUGAAAAGAAGCUGAGCAAGCUUUACCGUGAAGUCCGCAUCAUGAAAUUACUGCAUCAUCCGAACAUUGUAAAGCUGUACGAGGUCAUUGAAACUAAAAGUACAGUAUUUUUGGUCAUGGAGUAUGCCUCUGGUGGUGAACUGUACGACUAUCUCGUCGUCCAUGGAAAGAUGAAGGAAAAGGAAGCUCGCGCAAAAUUCCGACAAAUUCUGAGUGCUGUCAGUUAUUGUCAUAAGAAAAGGGUCAUCCACCGGGACCUCAAGGCUGAGAACUUGCUCUUGGAUGCCAACCUCGACAUCAAGAUUGCUGAUUUCGGGUUCAGCAACUAUUACGACCCUGAGUCGAAGCUGGACACAUUCUGCGGCUCUCCACCAUAUGCCGCUCCUGAACUUUUUCAAGGACGCAGAUAUACUGGACCCGAGGUCGAUAUAUGGAGUUUGGGUGUCAUUCUAUACGUCCUUACGACUGGCUGUUUGCCAUUCGAUGGAAAAAAUCUCCAAGAAAUGCGAGAGUCUGUUUGCAGGGGAAAAUAUCGUAUUCCUUUUUACCUUUCAGACUCGUGCGAAAAGCUACUCCGCAAAUUCCUUGUACGGGAUCCGUUCAAGCGCGCUGGCCUGGAAAUGCUCAUUGACGACCCUUGGAUUAAUGAUGGAUUCUCGGAUUCACCCAUAUCCACAGACGUGUCUCAGAAGGUUGAAGAAGACGAUAGUAUUAUUCGCCUCCUGGAGAACAAAUAUCACAUCGACAGGGAGACGAUCAUACAGAAACUGCGCGAGAAUGUAUAUGACGAAGUGUCGUCCAUUUACUACUUACUUUACUACGAGAAGGAUACCCGUGCCAACAUUGCUGCCGAGCUCGCAGCUAAUCCGACGACCCAGGUCCCAUCCCCAACCACCCCCUCACCUGCGCCGGUUCACCCGCAUUUGCAAGGUCUAAGGGACAGUGGGCUAGGGACCUCGUUCAGCUCCAGUCAAGGGGCCGGGUCGAAACCAGUGAUGAUGCGCAUUGACGAAGACGGCGUCCUUCAGUCUCCUGAACCUGCACCAGCGCCCCCAUCGCAAGCACGUCCUGUGCUACCUACUUCCAAACCGACUCGUAGGCGUCGGUUUACGGUCGGCGGGGAGGCUGAUAUGGCGAAAUACGCUGAAGAAGACGAAGAAGCGGCCGCUAUGCUCAAAAAGUUACAGCAGCCUUCCCCCGUUAAGGAUGACACGGAACGCCCAACUCCAGUUGGGGUGCCAUUGCCAAGUCGGCCGACAACUGCCGCUCCCGCCGUACCAGUUUCCAACUCGCAGCCUCCGGUGGUGGCUACACCCACGGCAUCCGCAACUUCUAUACAAGGUACUAAUGCACCUGCUACUGAUGGAAGUGCUACUGGCGAACCUCAACGCCGCAAGCGACACAACACAAUUGUUGGUAUUCUCCGCGGAGGUCUUGGACGCCGACCGUCUGAAAUGGGAGGCAUGUCUCCAACGGCUGAUAAGGGCGGAGAUAUGGUGGGCGGGGUUUCACCUACUGUAGCUAGCCAGGUGAACACAGCCGAUACAGUGGUAAAUUCUGGGACACUUGGGCCUUCGUCCUCUUCUAUCGGUUCGGGGAUAGUUAAACCAGGAGAGGACAACAAGCCGCGUUCUCUACGCUUUACGUUCAACUCGAAUACGACGUCUUCAAAGCCCCCGGAUGAAAUUGUUCAGGAAGUGGCCAAUGCUUGUACAAAGCACGAUAUAAAGUACCGCCUCACCUCACGAUUCUUGGUUGAGUGUUCGUGCAAUGAUGGCAUGAAAUUUGAAAUCGAAAUUUGCAAGCUUCCAAGGCUCAAGAACCUCCAUGGUUUGAGGUUCAAGCGAGUUAGCGGACCUUCGAACGAAUACAAAGACAUUUGCGAGAAGAUUCUGGCGGCUGUCGCACUGUAGGUAUGACAAAAAUCAUUGGAAAAAAGAACGUAAAGUAGGUUGGAAACAGGGACAUAUCACGGGGGGACUGUCUGCCGAUUCUCAUGUACUCGACGGAAGAGGGUGUCAGUAGAGAUAAUAUGAUGUUAGUCGAUUCAUUCAUCAAGUAGACACAGUUUGAAAUCUUGUAUUCUUUGACUGUGGUCCAAUAUCGGAGCUGCUGCCCAACCAGGCAACGUCGGCUUAUGAACGAGCGCCUAUUGGAUAAAAUAAAUACAGGCAGGACAAAAUGG